AUGUCACAAAUCCCCCCGAAAGCUCCCAAGCUCCCCGCCGAAAAGCUCCAAACAUCCCAAAAAGCUGGUCAGACUGGACCCCUCGACUCUGGGUUCCACCACUCACCCGUGGCCGCCGAGCAACAGAUCUCGGAUGACCCCAGCGGAAAUCUGGCUCCCCUAAUUCCCGCAGCGCCGUUGGUUCACGAUGUUUUCUCCCUCCUCCUCCGUCCCUGUUUCGCGUCCCCCAUGGUCGGUGCAUCGCGACAAACUGCCCCCGACUUGCGAGUCAAGAAGGCUCCGAGCCGCCAGUCACGCUCCUGCAAGGUCUGCCGGGCCCGCAAGGUCAAGUGUGACCGAGUCAAGCCCUGCCAUGCCUGUUGUGCGCAUGGCUAUCCAUCGAAAUGCGUGUACGAGAACGUACCCGAUGAAGAGGCCCGCCCCAUAAGCCAAGCCGAGGAAAUUCGGAACCUGCGAUCGGAGAUUCGGGAACUCCGCGCUAGGAUAGACGAGAGGAAAGAUGGGUCGCGGGCCCAGGAUCUGGAGCGGCUGGACCAGCUCGAGAGCUUAUUUGAGUCUCUUCGAUCAGCCCCGCUUAACGUGGUGGACUCGCUGGUUCGAGAUAUUCGGACUGAACAGAGCGGCUUGAAGACAGAUUUGGUAAAGGUUGGGCCGUGGGAGGGUCAUGAAGCCUACGAGCGGUUUGGCUCUCCGGUCUCCAUCAUUCCGAUUCGCAAGCGCUCUAGGAACGGCAGUCCAGAAAGCAACUAUAAUGAUCCAAUCUUUGGCGACGACGAAGAUGGCGAGUUUGGAGAUAUCAUAUCCAUUGGCGAGGGAUCGGACUCGUCUACUUCAUCUGGCACAAUAUCUAUAUUGAACCUGCAGCGACCAGCAGUUGAUGUGUUCGUGGAGCGCUUUGUGGACGCAUUCGCCCCCGAGGUUGACUCCAGACAUGGUCGAGCAGGUGCACUACGUGCAGCUGCCGGGAUUCGCAUGUUCUCGCCCUUGAUCUUGGAUGCGUUCGAGGCAGUGUCAGUGGCCUUUUUCGGCAGAUCUAUCCAGAAUAAGCAGAUCGAAGCGUCUGGUUUCCGCUUGUACCCACGUGUGCUGCGGUCGCUGCAGGAUGCAUUGACAGACCCCGAGCGGUCCAAGGCAGAAUCGACCUUGGUGACGGUGAUUCUGCUACUUGCAUUUGAGAGCGUGGAACGUACAACUGGAAGUGGUGUCCCAGCUCAUGUUCGAGGUGCCGUGCGCCUGAUUGAACAUCGAGGCCCUGAGAACCACAUGUACGGGGUGGAGCAUUUGCUUUUCACAGAGUUACGACCAUACUGGAUUGGUGGUGCACUGGCAGCUCGCCAGCCCUCGUUCCUCGCUCGCGAGGAAUGGAAGACUGUCCCAUGGGCGGCUGGAACGACCCAAAAGGACAUCUUGCAUCACCUACUUGAUAUUGCCACCGAAAUCCCCGGCCUACUGGCGCAGUCCGAUGCAUUCAAAGAAGCCCAGGCCACACAGACCAUGGGCGUACAGGAAAUGGCUGUCAAGCAAGCAGCUCUCUGGAAUGGGAUCACCGAGUGCACGGCACAAUUCCAACAAUGGUACAUGGAUUGUGUCGACUGCUAUCCUGAAGGACCGAUUCAGGAAGUUGAACAGACAGGAGCCCAGGACUUCCCCAUCUUCAAGCGGCGGAACCUGCGUACAGGCGAGAUUUAUACGUCAUCCAGGUUCUCCUACCCGAAUCUUCUGCUGGCACAAACUAUGUGUGUCUACUACGCCGUCCGUCUUAUCCUAUCGACCAUUGAUACUCGCCCUGAAGACCGAGUGACACCUAUGGAGCAGUAUGAGUUCGGCUGUGGUAUCUGCCGGACCCUGGAAUAUUAUAUUCUGACUGCACCGGGGAACAUGAUCAAUCGUCUUGCCUUUCCUACUCGAGUCGCCUGGGAGGCAUUUCCCGAUGGAGGCCCUGAGCAAGCGUUUAUGGUGGAGGUGUUGCAUCUUGUAGAACGACGUCAUGCACUGGGUCUCUGGGGUAGUGCGAUGCCUGAGCUGUCGGUGCGGGAGAAUUCUCCUCUCAAUAGCAACCUGUAG